CGCUCGAGCGCUGCUACUGCCAGCCGGGCCGCAUCAUCAGCCAUGAAAUUGGACGCCACAGACCUGCGCUACAUCUCGUCCGACGCGUUCCGUGUCCUGUCGGCCGCCGAGCAAGGCUCGAAGAACCACGAGAUCGUCCCCUCGUCGCUCAUCGCCCAGCUCGCCGGUUCGCGCGCCGGCGGCGUCAACAAGGCGCUCGGCGAGCUCGCCAAGAAGAAGCUCGUCGCAAAGGUCCAGAACGCCAAGUACGAGGGCUACCGCCUCACGUACGGCGGGUACGACUUUCUCGCGUGCAGGACGUUCGCCAAGCGCGACACGAUCUACAGCGUCGGGAACCAGAUCGGCACGGGCAAGGAGAGCGAUAUCUACGUCGUCGCCGAUGACGAGGGCCAGCAGAUGGUCAUGAAGAUCCACCGCCUCGGCCGCAUGUCGUUCCGCGCCAUCAAGUCGAAGCGCGACUACCUGCGCAAGGGCCAGUCGGCGAGCUGGAUGUACAUGUCGCGCCUCGCCGCCAUCAAGGAGUACGCGUUCAUGAAGGUCCUGCACGACCACGGCUUCCCGGUGCCGCAGCCGAUCGACCAGUCGCGGCACUGCCUCAUCAUGGAGCUCAUCGACGCCUUUCCUCUCCGCCAAAUCUCGGCCGUCCCCUCGCCCGGCGCCCUGUACUCGCUCCUCAUGGACAUGAUUGUGCGCCUCGCGCGGUCGGGCCUCAUCCACGGCGACUUUAACGAGUUCAACCUCCUGAUCCGGGACCACCGCACCGAGGCCGAGAAGGACCGCGACGACGAGACGCCCGACGAGCGCGAUGCGCGCGUCGCACGCGAGGGCGGCGACCACCCGGUCAAGGUCGAGCUCGAGGGCGACGAGUACGACGAGCGCCGGCGCCGAGAGAAGGAGGGCACGCUGCUCGAGCCGGUCUUGAUCGACUUUCCGCAGAUGGUGUCGACCGACCACCCCGAUGCCGAGUACUACUUCAACCGCGACGUCGAGUGCAUCCGCAUCUUCUUUGCGCGCCGGUUCAAGUACGAGUCGAGCGUGUACCCAAAGUUCACGGCCGUCGUGCGCGACGGCGUGCGCGAGUUUGACCUCGACGUCGAGGUGGCCGCGAGCGGGUUCAAGAAGGAGGACAGGCGCGCUCUCGAGGAGUACAUGGCCGAGCUCGCGGCGCACGACGCCGCCAACCCGCAGGAGGUCGCCUCGGACGAGGAGUACAGCGACGAGUCGGCCGCGUCGGGCGACGAGGACGAGGACGAGGACGAGGUCGAGCAGGUCGACGAGCAGGACGACCCGGCGGCGCCGACGAGCGCACCACGACCACGACCAGCGGCAGGCGUCGGUGGCGACGACGACGAUGACGAGCUCGCGCGCCGGGCGGCCGGCCUGCGGUUAGGCAACGACGCGCCUGCGCCGCCGCCCGACGCCGAGGACGCCGAGCGGCCCUCAGACGACGAGUCCGCCUCGGGCUCGGGCUCCGGCUCGGACGACGACUCGGACGACGACUCGGACGACGACGACGACGCGGCCGACGCGUCGCACCGGCGGCACCGCCCUUCUGCGCCGCGGGUCAAGCGCGAGACGCGCGACGUCGAGUCGAUCGUGACGGCGUCGCUGUCGCGCAAGAAGGCGGCGGGCGAGCGGCGGCACCACGGCAAGAAGCCCGUCAGCGCCAACGUGCUCGGUCGGCAAAAGGGCAGCAAGAAGAAGCAGAACGCGAGCGCGAGGGAGGCGAGGGCCGCGGCAAAGCCGGGAGGAGGCGGUGGCGGGUUCUGGUAGACGGACAAGGACGGCGAUGCAGCUCUUUCCUGCUCUCGUG